CUCAUUUUGAAGGCUGCUUCCUCCAGAGGUCGCAUUCGAAGAUUGCAUAUGUCAUUGAGGCUGUAUCAUUUCAGAAAAGUAGGACUCUCUGAACGCGACCUUUUGAAUGCGUUUUUCUUUCACAGGAAUUCGGAGAAUGCAUGAGGUGUAUCCUUCGCUGCUGCAGAUAGCCCACAAUUCUUUGCGUCGCUGUUAACAACCGUCAUUUAUUUGAAAAAAAUAAAUAAUAAAUGGUGGCAUCUGCAAAUGUACAUUCAAGCGAAGAUGAGUUUAAAUGUAAGUAGUUUCAAGCUUGUUUUUGUUUUAAACUAUAUUCUUCCUAAUAUCCUCCUCUUUUGUCUCUGUAACAGAUAUCUGUUGUACAUAAGCCAGCUCUUCAAGCAUAAUCCAAAAUAAAACAAGUAAAUACAUUUUCUUUUCAAAUUACAUACAAAUUUAUUAAUAAUUUUCAUUCAUUGGCUGAGAGCGCAACUCUCAGAACUCGUCCUCUUGAGGACGCAGCCUUCGAAAUCAAAUUAAAUGAGACCCGGAUAAUUUAGCAAUGGGUGUGUGUGUGAGUGCAGCUUAUAAAGUGUCACUGAUGGGAAACAGGUGUGAGUGAAUGAUUGGUUCCUAGGUUGGGGAUAGUGGGAAAUUAAGUCCAUAUGAUGAUAAUAGAACAUGGACCCAGGGCACAUGUAACAAUAUGUUUUGUUUGCAUAUAUUGUUUAAUGGUUUGAACUCGUCUCCUGCCUCUCUCUCCUGCUGUAGACCUCGCUGAACCACGCACCCCUUGCCACACACUCGCUCUUCUCCGAUUGCUCCGCACCAAUUUUUUGACCCAAGAGAGGGAUUCUAACAGACCAAUCACAGCGCUUGCGGUCUGGGUAGAAUUAACGUGUUACAUUUUUUUUUGAGAGGUGCACAUCAGGCUACAUCAUAGGCUACAUGUGGUACUCACAGCCAAUAUCGUACCUACGGGGUACACACGAUGCAGAAGUAAAAAUCAGCCUUAAGUCUUCAGGAAUGCUUGAAAAUUAGAGGCAGGUGUAUUUGAUUAGGGAUGAAACUUAACUCUGCAAAAGAAUGGUCCUCCAGUACGAAAGCUGCUCAUCCCUGAUCCAUUGGAUACAAACAUGUUGUUGGUUUUGAUACUUUAAAUGUCUAAAUUGUUCUAUGUCUAUUUUUGCUCUAGACCUGAUGGCAUUGAAAAAGACGAGUCAUGAACUUAAUGAAAGGCAAGAAGAGGAAAAACAUUAUUAUAAACAUUUCAUGACUGGGGAAAGAGCGACACAGGCUUCCUCACAAGAAAGAGCUCAAAAGACUGGAACUAAAAGUUAUUUCACCUGCCAACAGUGUGGAAAGAGUUUCACAUGUGAAAAAACCCUUAAAGUCCACAUGAGAAUUCAUACUGGAGAGAAACCUUUCACCUGCCAACACUGUGGAAAGAGUUUCAGACAUAAAGAAAGCUUUAAAAACCACAUGAGAAUUCAUACUGGAGAGAAACCUUUUACCUGUCAACAGUGUGGAAAGAGUUUCACACGUGAAGAAAGCCUUAAAAUCCACAUGAGAAGUCACACUGGAGAAAAGCCAUAUAUCUGCCGACAAUGUGGAAAGGGUUUCAGUGACAAAGGAAACCUUACAGUCCACACGACUAUUCACACUGGAGAAAAGCCUUACACUUGUCAAGAGUGUGGAAAGAGUUUCAAUAGAAAAGGAAGAUUUGAAAUCCACAUGAGAAUUCACACUGGGGAGAAACCUUUAAGCUGCCAACAGUGUGGAAAAAGUUACACAUGUAAAGGAAGCCUUAAAGUCCACAUGAGAAUUCACACUGGAGAAAAGCCAUAUAUCUGCCAACAAUGUGGAGAAAGUUUCAGUCUUAAAAGAAGCCUUAAAGUCCACAUGAGUAUUCACACUGGAGAGAAUCCUUACACCUGCCAACAAUGUGGAAAAAGUUACAGAUGUAAAGAAAGCCUUAAAGUCCACAUGAGAAUUCACACUGGAGAAAAGCCAUAUAUCUGCCAACAAUGUGGAAAAAGUUACAGAUUCCGCACAACUAUUUACACUGGAGAAAAGCCUUACACCUGCCAAGAGUGUGGAAAGAGAUUUAAUCGAAAAGGAAACCUUACAGAUCACAUGAAAUUCACACUGGAGAAUAGCCUUACACCUGUCAAGAGUGUGGAAGAGUUUCAACAGAAAAGGAAGACUUGA